UGCAGGUACAGAUUCAGCUGCUCUUACACGCGAACUUGGAGAAGUUUGAUCGCAAGCCUGGUUGAACUCCCAAACAAAGCGACUUUGACUUUCGGUGAACAGCGGGGAUUUUAUUCGUCUUCUUCUUCUUCAUUUUUUUUUUUACACUAAACUUUUCUGUGAGUGCAGGACUUGUGAUCAUGAAGCUGGAGGUUUUCCGCGGUGCGCAUCUCCACGCGAAGCCAGCGGAGACGUGCAGCGACGCCGAGACCAGCGUGCCGUCUCCGCUCUCCGGGGAAGACGAACUGGGGUCAGAUGGCGACUGCGCAGCGCACAGCCCGUGCGCACCUGUCGCGUCUUCCGCCGCCAUGUCCUCUGCAGCAGCGCGCAUCGAGGGCAAGGACAAGGGCAAGCCGUACACGCGCAGACCAAAGCCGCCGUACUCGUACAUCGCCCUGAUCGCCAUGGCCAUCCGCGACUCCAGCUCGGGCCGCCUGACCCUCGCCGAGAUCAACGACUACCUCAUGCGCAAGUUCCCGUUCUUCCGCGGCACGUACACGGGCUGGCGCAACUCGGUGCGCCACAACCUGUCGCUCAACGACUGCUUCCUGAAGGUGCUCCGCGACCCCUCGCGCCCCUGGGGCAAAGACAACUACUGGAUGCUGAACCCGCACAGCGAGUACACGUUUGCCGACGGCGUGUUCCGGCGACGCAGGAAGCGCAUCGGCAAAAAAGCGGGCCGGGAGCAGGACGAGAGCGCAACCCGAGCCUCCGACUCUGUAAACGCGCCCUCAGCAGCAACCAAGUUCACAAGCCCGUUCGCCAUCGACAGCAUCCUGAGCCGACCUUUCCGCAGAAGGGAGCAGCCGGAGCACUGCGCGCCAGAGGACGUCGCUGUGGCCUCUUGGCCCGGGCGCGCCCCCGCACCGGCGCCCUACGUCACGCGCGGCGCACCACUUCACGCGCUGGUCAAUGCGAGCGCCGCGGUGCACACGCUCCGCGCCUACGGCAUGAUGGGCGUCGCGUUUGAGGACUUGUCCGCCGGGGUCCGGCAUGACAGAGACUUCCUCAGCGUUCCUCUGAGCUCAGAGCGCCUUCCGGUGCCGAGGGUCACACCGACCACCGCACACGCGUCCACCAAAGCCGGAGCCUUCCACCCGUUUCAAAUAGACUACUUAUUAUCCUAAUGGCGCGCGGGACAAUGGUUUAUUUGGCACUUUAUACGCACUGUACUCGUUUAUGGACUUUAAACAUUUCAUCAAGGAGUUGCCACCAGUGGACUUGGGAACUCUGGUAUAAAAUGGAGUACAUGCACAAAGACAGGAGAAGAUUUCUGUCCUGUCAGUAAAUACUGUUGUAUAAUAAUGUUAGAUCUUGUAUUUAUGAUAUGAUGUUGGUCAUUUUUCCUCCUGUGUGUUUUGCUUGCUCAGGAAUAUUGCUGCGAUCGGGAUUUUGCCUCAGCUGAAAUAUCACUUUGCUUGCUCUGUCGUCUCUGAAAGCAAUGACACUGACAGCAAUGCUGUUGUUGUUGUUGUUGAUGUUGUUGUUGUUGUUGUUUUAAUAAAAAGGUCAGCUAAAAGGUACAAGGACAAGCUCAGCUCUGCCUGUAAACUGGACAGCACUGCUAAAGUCUACUGAAAAGAAUGCAUGCGAAUUUUUAUAAUGAGCAAUAAAAAUUUAUUUCUGUAGCAAAGAAAAAAAAAACGUGGCAAGUGCUUUUCUUUUUUUAUGAGACAUGUGAAAUGAUGUGAUGACCUUCAAGAAAGUAAGACUGACGUAAUUAUAUAGCCUACACUAAAACAACAAACGAGCUGGUGGAAAAAAAGCAAAAGGUCAUAUGUGUGUGUGUGUGUGUGUGUGUGUGUGUGUUAGUUAGUUAAUUAGUCAGUUAGUUAGUCUGUUUGUUUAUUAUAAGAUUACUUACUAGCAUUUUUGUGGAGAAUGUGCACAGGAAAAGUGUUUUACAAUCUAAAAUUUGGUCAUUUUGUUAA